CGAACACAGCAUCGUCUUACUACUAUCAAUCUCCUCUUCUACACAUCUAGAGCCUGGUGCUCAACAUACAAGGGAAACGCAGUCCCGACCUGGUGCACGGACCCUCUUCCUUUCUUUCCCCAUCGAGGACGCACAGACGAGACGCGAUCCUUCCUGCUCUUCUCCCCUUGAUCAGAUCUCAGACGGUCAAAGGGGUACGAGCACAUCAGCAAGAACAUAGCACAGCAUCAUCGUCAAUCGAACGAUACUUUUAGCCCCCAACCACGGAGGAGAGACGGCAGUAGCAGUAUAAGCCUUCAGCGAUCAAUAUCGCCUACCAGUCAUCGACAGACCGGCGGACACCAACUUUGACCAUCAAGGCUCGCUCCGGCCUGUACAUGCUAUCGCCUUGACGAUGUCUGGCUACAGACCUUCCCCACCGCCCGUCAGGACACACAAUCUCAAUCCACCUCCCAAACGAUCUCGCACAAAGGACAAUGCCUCGCCGACGACCUACAGCUUCAACCCUUCCCCCGUCAAAUCCCAUCACACGCACCAGUAUGCCGGUCAGAUCAUGUACGAUAUCCCCGUUCCUGUGUCUCCUUUACCGGAAUCGAGCGGGGUCAUGGAGAACACGAGCGUCGACGUCGGAGCUAUAGGAAGCGUCUCUGCACACCCGUUGAUCGUUUCGUCACUAGCAACGGGGACAGAAAGGACGAGGAGCACUUAUACCGCUUCGGUCGGGAGCUCAGAGAGGAAGACGGGCAACGCUUUAGCCUAUACGCAAUCCCGUUCGAACGGUGCUCCGAGGCGACCACCGAGGUCUAGACGGGGGAGUAGGGAGACGGUCGAACGAGCCACGUUGAGCAGGAACGAAUCGUAUGUCACUACAGCCGGGACCGGAAGCGGUUCUGGAGCAGGGACGUAUGGGUCGGGCGGCAGAGAGACCUUGUCAGCAAGUACGAGCGGGAGUACGUUGGGCGGAGGAUCCAGUCCGAUCAAGUCGGCGUACGACCAUCGUCAGAGAUCGAACACGACCACGCCUACCCCGUCAGGAUUGGGCCAGCCCAGGAGGUCGGCGGACAUGUCACCGAGUCCGUACUAUGAUAACCUGCCCGUCCGAUCCAAGACUGGACCGACGCCUCCACCACGGUUGCACUCAUCGCAAGCUCCGUCCCGGUUGGGCUCGCCCUCACCGAACAGGCAGGGCGAGAUGUUCGCCUCGGGAGGUGCGGGGAGCGUAAUGAGGGAAGCUCGGGAGGGGUCUUUGUACACGGUCGGGCAGCAGAGCGUGGCGGGGAGUUAUGUCCGGAGAGAAGGUGGGGGUGUAGGAAGUCCGAGUCCAGGAGACCUUCAUACUUUCGCCCAUCACUGCCACCUGUUUUACUUCACCUCGAACGCACCAAGCUCGUCCCAAGCUUAUAUCGAUACCACCCUCGCCUCCCUCCCGCCAUCACACCGAGCCGCCUACACACGCAUACAAAAUUCUCUCCGAGCGCAAGCACACUCUCACAACGCCCGACUCCGGCUCUUGGCCUUUCACGUCCUCAUUUCGUCCACAUCCGUUAACGGUGGGCUGAGCCCGCUGGUGAGACAGGAGAUCAGGUCGAAACGCGCGCGAGCUGAGAGAAAGGCCAAGCUCGCCGAGUUUGUGACGAGGUGGUGCACCAAGAGCGCCGUGGGGGUCGAACCGUUCUACAAGGCGUUGUACGUCUGCUUGUUGUUGCAGGGCAAAGGAGAGCGCGGAGUAGGCGGAGCUGGGGGUAAGAGAGUGGUCUGGGAGGUAGAUGAUGCCGUAUUCAUCGAGGCUGGCGGCAAGGACUUUAUGAACGAGGCAGUCGCACUUGUUAAGGGUGUCCUCGGUUUCGACGACAUCGCCCUGUCCACGCCACCUCGAUUGAGGCGUCCAACAUUGCCCAUGCUACAACCUCGACCGUCUUUUGCCACCAAUGCGACUCCACGUUCGUCGUUUUCUGAACAGCCAAGAGGUCACGAAAUCGAGAGCCUUUUGCCGCUUGCUUCCGGUGACUCGACCACGUCUGCUACUACGGGUAACCGGACUCGAGCUCCUGCCGACCCUUUUCUCGAUCCUUCGAAAUCUCCAGACAAGCGAUUCGCAGCCCCGGUCAUUAAACAAGCUGGCAAGCGUGGCCCAGCACCGCCUGUACCAACACACGGCCGAUCGGCUUCGAUGAAAGGGCCCGCACCUCCACCGCCGACAUCGAGGAAUCUGCAAGCGCCUACGCCUCGAAUGUUACAAAGUCGAACACCGUCCACAGAUACAUCGGACGGGCUCUCAUCCAAUCCAUUGAGCCCUACGGUCGAAUCGCCUCUCUUGACAGGUCGCUCUGGCGGCGAUUCCGACUCGAUCGUAACAGGGUUAGAGGAAGCCGCCGAGCGGGAAGAUACCCUCGCCAGUCUUGGCAGAGCUAGUAGGGACAAGUUUGCGCUUGCUCGACCCGAGAGGCCGACCAGCGAUGCUCGAUCAUUGUCGACGUCCGAGAUUCGCGGGCUGCUAGAUGGUACCUCCACGCUGGAUCUCAAUGCCGAGGUCGCCCUCGAUACUGAAGAAUUCAACGAGGAUGAAGAGGAAGAGGAUCUCGCAGCGCCUCGUUUACGGCUCUGGACCUUCCCCGCUCACAUCACCGACGGGGAAAUCGACGGUCUGCUCAGCGUCUUUCCCAAACAUAUCACAAAGGCUCAAGGAAUGCGCAACAUGAGGUUCCCCUUACCCCGUCCGACAUCGCUCAAGGCGCUGAAAGCGCACGAUGCCGAGAUGGGAUUGGGUGCAGAUAACGAUGAGGGCGAAGCCUCUUGGCCAUCCGUCAUGAAUGUCAAGGUCCCACCUGAAGACGCGCAUGGGAUCGUGGCGCCUGGAACAGGUCGAUUAUGGCUCGGCGCUUUGCCUCGAGAUGCACCAUGGCAGAGAGGCUUUUUUGAGAGGUUGUCCAGAUGGUUCAAGGGGCUAUUCGGAGGUUGACGAACCAGGGCGAUUUGAGGACCCUCGCUCACAUUAACGCAUUUGUAUAACGACAAACAUUACGAUCCGGCCGCAUGCUAGUCACACUGUAUCAUUCGUAUCAUCUUUUACGAUGUUGCGUCCGUUUGGCGUUACUUGUAAUCUUCGAAAGCGUCCACUAUGCGUUGCAUUAGGUCGCCCUCACGCUGGAACCAUUCUUUUUCCACUUCUGCUCGGAUC